GUGGGCAGCAUGUAUGGAAAUUACUCCCACUUUGUGAAGUUUCCCACAGGCUUCGGCCCCCCCAGCCACGCCGGCGCCACGUCCAUGAGCCCGUCGGCCGCUCUGCCCCCCGGGAAGCCAGCGGGGAAGCCCCCCAGUUACACGGACGCCCCCGUGAGCGCCCCGCGGGCCCUGAGUGCAGGGGGCACCCCGCUCAAUGCCCUGGGCUCUCCGUACCGGGUCAUCACCUCCGCCAUGGGCCCGCCCUCGGGGGCCCUGCCCGCACCCCCUGGAGUGAACCUGGUGGCACCUCCUGGCUCACAGCUCAGUGCCAGCGUGUCCGAGGACAUCAAACCCCUGCCCGGGCUGCCGGGCGUCGGGGGCCUGCACUGCCCCGCCAGCAGCCCUGGCUCCCUGGUCAAGCACAUCUGCGCCAUCUGCGGGGACAGGUCGUCAGGGAAGCACUACGGGGUGUACAGCUGCGAGGGCUGCAAAGGCUUCUUCAAGAGAACCAUCCGGAAGGACCUGGGCUACACGUGCCGUGACAACAAGGACUGCCUCAUCGACAAGCGCCAGCGCAACCGCUGCCAGUACUGCCGCUACCAGAAGUGCCUGGUCAUGGGCAUGAAGCGCGAGGCUGUGCAGGAGGAGAGGCAGCGGGGCCGGGAGCGGGCGGACGGCGAGGCCGAGGGCGCCGGACACGAGAACAUGCCCGUCCAGAGGAUCCUGGAGGCAGAGCUGGCCGUGGAGCCCAAGACGGAGGCCUACGGCACGAUGAGCGUGGAGAGCUCGACGAACGACCCCGUGACCAACAUCUGCCACGCGGCGGACAAGCAGCUCUUCACGCUGGUGGAAUGGGCCAAGCGCAUCCCGCACUUCUCGGACCUCAGCCUGGAGGACCAGGUCAUCCUGCUCCGUGCAGGCUGGAACGAGCUGCUGAUAGCGUCCUUCUCGCACCGGUCGGUCUCGGUGCAGGACGGCAUCCUGCUGGCCACCGGGCUGCACGUGCACCGCACCAGUGCCCACAGCGCCGGCGUCGGCUCCAUCUUCGACAGGGUCCUCACUGAGCUGGUCUCCAAGAUGAAGGACAUGCAGAUGGACAAGUCAGAGCUGGGCUGCCUGCGGGCCAUCGUGCUCUUCAACCCCGACGCCAAGGGCCUGUCGAACCCCUCGGAGGUGGAGAUGCUCCGGGAGAAGGUCUACGCCACGCUGGAGGCCUACACCAAGCAGAAGUACCCGGACCAGCCCGGCAGGUUCGCCAAGCUGCUCCUGCGCCUGCCCGCGCUGCGCUCCAUCGGCCUCAAGUGCCUUGAGCACCUGUUCUUCUUCAAGCUCAUCGGGGACACGCCCAUCGACACCUUCCUCAUGGAGAUGCUGGAGGCGCCCCUGCAGCUCACCUGAG